GCCUAAAGCGGGACGUAUGGAAUGUCUGUAUUUGUUACCGUUGGAACAACUUUUUUCGAAGACUUGGUGGAGAAUGUGACCAGCAAAAAUGUAAUACAGAUGAUGCAGGAAUUUGGAUAUUCGAGUCUCAUAAUUCAAUAUGGAAGAGGAAAAUUUCCUGUUUUACCUGACAGCAAUAACUUUCCAUGUGAAACAUUCGACUACAAAUCGUCCAUUACAAAAUAUAUUUCAGAUGCUGCACUUGUUAUUAGUCAUGCUGGGGCUGGCAGUUGUUUGGAAGUUUUAGCUGCUGGAAAACCUCUCAUUGUUGUUAUUAAUGAGAAGUUGAUGGAUAAUCAUCAGCAUGAAUUGGCUGAACAGCUCAACAAAGACGGACAUUUGCUCUAUUGUACACCAAGUACUCUUGUAAAAGCAAUCAAAUCCAUCCAGAUGACAAAAUUGCUGCCAUUCCCACCAGCACGAGCAGAAAAAUUUGCAAUUUUCAUGGAUAGCUACUUCAGUGUAACAUGAAUACAGCGAUACGUCAUUGAGUAUGCAUACGGACAACUGAUUACUUAACAUUGACUUAUAUUCAGGUAUUUGCUCUGAGUGGGCCCUGUACAAGCACAACUGCUAAAAAGUGUGGGGUGUGGAAGACUGCAUCUGUACAACUAAUAGCUGAAAAGUGGGGACUUAUAUCAUUACAUCGUUUAAGAAGACUUAUAUUUUCAUCUUUAGUUUUUGUUUCAACAUGGGGAAAAAAUGUUUGAGACACACAGAAGUGGUUUCAUGCAUAACAGCUGAUACUUCUUUUUGAUUUAUGUCUAUUAAAAUCUCAACAGUCGCAACAAUCUGGGUGUAUCAGUGAUCUCUGUUAUAGUUAAUAGUUUUUCUGAUGGUAAAAUUGGGGAUACUUCAGGGUUACCACACCGAAUACUUUUCCAGCUUCUAGAAACCUUCACACCUCUUGCAAAACCUGAAGUUCAACUGAUGCUGCAUACUACACCAUGAAUGAUAAGUCAACUGAUUCGCAGGUCACAAAGUGAUUUCAGGUGCAUUGGCUUGAUGAUGGAUGAUACAAUGGUAAGGCAUCCAGCAAUCUUCAUGUACAUCAUCUCCCAUGGUAUUUAAACCUGCACAGGGCAGUUAGAGGGGAGAUGCAGGUUUUAGAGCUUACCACAUUGAACCAAAAGUGUAACUGCGAUUUAUACAACUAAGCCUAGUUUGAGUUUCAAAAAUAUGUGCAAAAUGCAUCAUUGUGACGUUUAUUAAUAAUUAUUUCACUUCUGAUGAAUUCUGCUAUGAUAACCUGUCUCUAAGACUAGGAAUGUCUCGUGAGCGAAGAAGUUAAAUCUGACUAGUUUACACUUUGCAUCUAGGUUGUAUUGCUUUUAAGCACAAUUUGGUAUAGAAAUUCCAAAUUUUUUUUAUACAAUUCUCAUAACUUUAGAUUUGGAGUUUGCAUUACAUUUUUGCUGUUCUGACCUUUGCACAAAGCCCAUUAUUUUCUGUUUCAUUGUAUUAGAGUUGCGAUAAUAAUCUUCUCAAAUAAACAU